AUGCCCUCCCUCACUCUGACCGACCCGGACAUGAUCCUGCCGUAUGACGGCAGCGAACGCGAAUCCCAAACUCCCUCCCCACCCUCCCAACUCGUCUACUUGACCAACCUGAACGCCCGCUACAACACCGCCGACCCCCAAGCUGGCUCUGGUCGGCCCAAGAAAAAUUUUUCCCGCCAUCGCGCCCAUGACGAUAUGAAUGCCAGUCGACGGCUGUCGGACAUUGGGGAGGAGAUGUCGCCCGCGCGAUCUGAGAAGUUUGACGAUGUUGAUGUUGAGGCUUCGCGGCACCAGCGCCAGCAUCAGUUCCAGCAGAGGCAGGGGUCGACAGGGUCACCCUUGCCGAGGAAUCAAUUGGCUGUGCCGGGGAAGCAGGAUUCGGGCAAUGCGGCGUGGAGUAGUAGCUCGAGCUCGACGGUGAGUGCGCGAAGCGGGCGCACCUCGGCCGGGGCGUCCUCGCCGCAGACUGCGCCGGAGUCGUCGCCGAAUUCCAAUGCGGUCGAUGGUGGAAGCAAGAGUGGUAGUGGGGAUGGGGUUAAGGUUGGUAAGGGAGUGCCUGAUAGUAGCAUUGUCGCGUCUGCCGCCAAGGGCAAGGGUCCUGGAGAGGAGUUCUCGUCUGCGAUCUUGAGCAGUGAGGCGGAGAGAAUUCUUGAGAAUGCAAAGAAGCGUCUGACGUUGAUGGAAGGCAAUUUGAAUCGUGCUCGCUCGUCGGUGCGACUUACACCUUCGCCUUCGCCGUCAGCGCCGGGCAGCACUUCGCCCAUGGGUCUACACCCUGGCGGACUGUAUCGGUCGAUUUCCAAAACCGAUCGCAAGGGAUCCGCUCUACGACGCCAGUCCUUCAUCUCGGCGCAGGAUUCCUCGAACAACCGGCAUUCUCGCGUGCACAGCGAGACCAAUUUCCCGGCUGAAUCAAGCUUGUCGAGUGAUACGAAGCGAGUGUCUCGAUCGGUGUCGGCAAUGGGAUCAAGUAGCUCCAAUUUCCACAAUGACGACCGGUCUUUCCAAUAUGAACCUACACGGUCAUACCUCACGCAUCGAGCAUCGAUCUCGUCCAUACGACCCCCGCAUUUACAAAACAUGCAAUCGCCUCAGCCGGGACAGUCUCCAGUCUCUGUUGGAUCUCCGGUUCUCCAGUCUCCCGUGAUCCGGGAAGAUAGCUCGUCCUGCUCUUCGCCAAGAGGCUUGGGCAUUUCGGAGGAGGACGAGUCCAAAUCUAACGGGGGCGACUUUAGCCCCGUCUACAGCUCGUACGGCCCGCCCAGCCGUGCACAGUCACAGCUGCAGGUACGUGACCUUCAGUACCAGAUGAAGGGUCUUCACAUCAAGAUCUCCUCGCUUAAGGUGCGGACACAAGAGGACAAUCUUCGGCGGCGCAGCUUGCAAAGCCUGCGGACGCCUAGUCCUUUGACUGCCGCAGACCCUUGGUAUCAGAAUGGACUGGAGGUCCGCGACGGCCGCAGCAGUCGUGGAUCGAAUCCUCGACGGGACGGGAGCGCGGAAUAUGCACGUGAGACCCAGUCUCGACAGUAUACGGAGACAAACUCGAAAGAUCGGAAUGGGCAUUAUAAUCCAGAGCGUGCGGAUGACAGCCCCGUGGAGCAAAGCCCUAACCUUUCGCAUGACACGAGCGAAUCAUGGCAGGGACAUGAGCAUAACGAGUACGAUGGUCGCCAGUCUGCUGCGGAGACCAUGUACGAGGAUGCCGAAGAGGGCGACUACUAUUACGAUGGGGAUAUUGAUCGGGAAGCACUGGAUGAAAUUCUACGCGAACCGCUCGAUGCAGACCUAGCCACGCCCCAUGAAGAACGCGAAGACGCCUUUGACUAUGAACAUUUCAUUCUUCACAGUGCCCUGGGCAACUUCUCGCAGCAAAUGCGUCGUGUCAGUGUUAGCUCCCAUGGCUCCGUUGAGACGACGCGACCCACCCAGUCGGUACGACACUCGCGCACCAACAGCUCUCUUUCCGCCUCGACGGAUGCCACAUUUGCUACGGCUACUGAGGGCGAGUCCAUGCCCGAGGACGAGGACGAUAUUCUAUACUGGGAUCGCAAGUUCAACCAUGAACUGCGUCACCGCCACCAUAGCCACCAGGCCAAUGCUGUCGCCGAAGACCGCUCUGCAACACCACGUGUUCCACGCGAAGAUGGCAAUGCCACUCCAGUUGGAGUCUUGCAAUCCCCCGCACGAAGUAUCGACUUGAACAGCCGCUCUACUGCCGGCUCUGCGACGCCAACAUCUCUUGUCUCUUCACUUGUCUCUACAGUACGUGCAGCAUCCAGUCCACACCCAGGCUCUGCAACACCCACUUCCGGUGGAAUCAACGACGACGACACCCAGAUGCUGGAACAACUCUUUGCCAGUCUUGGCCAAGUCUGCACCGAUCUUCAAGCUAUCACGACCUCACCCGAUCCAGAUUUGAAGGCUGCGCGUGUACUCCGGCGCCGUCUGGAUGCGGCACGGAGAGUUCUUGAUGGUGAGCUUGAUGCUUGA